UUUGAAGGUCGAUUUACCCCUACGUGAUAAUCUAGAGGAGGCUUUGGAGGAUGUUGAGGGAGUGCUAGACAGGGUGCUAGACGACACGUUACGUGGGGUGCAAGGGCAUGACUACGCACGUAUUACCAUUGAUGCUCCCUCUUUGAGGAACCCAAUUUCGUUACCAUUUAUGCGACGUCAACAACUUACCCCUCAACGGAUCAUGGGCGUCAUAGAGACGGUUGUGCAAUCUAACCAACAGUUUGUGUUUGAGGGUGACUUCAGGCUCCAUGUGAUUCGUACUCAUCUCCCAUCAGGGGCUGGGAAAAACAAAUUGAAGAACUCUUGUACAUUGAACACGUGCGAUUUGGAUGCAUGGAGGAAGGGGAAAAAAAGUAUUAUACGUAUUGAGAACAGCGACGAGUUAUGUGCUGCACGCUCUAUUGUGACUGGGAUGGCUAUCCUAACCAUGGACCCUAAUGCUACCAAGUUGUAUAAGCCCACAUGGGGUCGUACGCGUGGCCCCCCGCUCCCCUUGCAAACGGAACGUGCCAAGGUGUUGCAUGCCGAGGCUGGUGUACCUGAAGGGCCUUGUGGGAUCCCUGAGAUCCAGCAAUUCCAACAAUAUCUGAGGGGUCAAGGGUUCGAGUUGAAUGUGGUGUCCCGAGAGCAUGGUAAUACUGUGAUCUACUCUGGGGACUUACCUGACCCAAAGUAUAGGCUUUACUUAUACUAUGCCAAGGGUCAUUUUGAUUACGUUAAGAGUAUGCCCGGUUUGUUGGGGCGUUGCUACUAUUGCACAAUAUGCAAGAAGGGUUACGACUCCAAGCUACAGCACAAGUGUGUGAACUCGUGUUAUGGUUGCGGAGAGGUGGAUUGUUCCCCUUUGGUACCGCCACCGGAGCAAGACCACCGUUGGGAUUGGAAGUAUUGCUCAGAGUGUAACAGGUACUUUCGUACCCCUAAGUGCUUCGACAACCAUAAACUUGUCAAGCCUAGAGGGUUACCCAAUAAGAAAGAUGUUACCCCUCGGUCGUACUGUCAGAUGUACCAUAAAUGCGAGACAUGUGGUAAACGUAUUGAUAUGCUUGCCACCCGGAAGGAGGGGACGUCACAUGUAUGUGGGGAGUACAAGUGUACUGUCUGCAAAGAGGUGGUUCCCCCAGACCAUUUGUGUUACGUGACUGUUGGUGCCAAUGCUCUACCAAAGGACAAAGACGGUGAUGAUAGCAUGCGUGUUAUCGUUUUCGAUGUCGAGGCGAUGCCAUUGGGUGAUAAACACGAGCCUAAUUUUGUGGGCGCUCAAAAACUGUGCGACACGUGUAAGGAGUGGCCCAUGGAUCGUUUGGAGUGCACCACGUGUGGGGUCCGAAAGCAUAGUUUUACCAGUAUCCGUGCGUUUUGCGACUGGUUAUUCGGUGGCAGUAAUGCUGGGUACACCUGCCUGGCACACAAUUUUAAGGGGUACGACUCCUAUUUUAUCUUGGAGUACCUUUUUGAGAAUGGUAUUAAGCCCAAUGUUAUCUUCACUGGUGGCAAGGUGAUGCAUUUGAAGGUGGACUCGUUAAACAUUGAGAUGAAGUGUACCUUGAAUUUUUUUCAAAUGCCACUGAGUAAGCUCCCAAAAGCUUUUGGGUUCGACCACAUCACUCAGAAAGGUGUAUUUCCUCACUUUUUUAAUAUUACCGAGCACCAAGAUUAUGUAGGGCCUAUGCCAGAUUUGAGUUAUUACGACUUACGGAGUAUGAAGGAGGAGGACGCAAACGCUGUCGCUCAAUGGCAUCAGGAGCAAGUCACCCGUGGGGUUGUGUUCAACUUGAGGGAGGAACUUGCUAACUAUUGUCACCAAGAUGUUGAAGUACUGAAGAGGGCAGUGGUAGCCUUCGAUAAACUCAUCAUGGAUGCGGUUGGUCUCCAUCCAUUCAAGAUAGCUAUCACCAUAGCCUCGCUAUCUAGUCGGAUUCUGCGCUCAAAGUUCUUGGAGGAGGGUAAAAUUGGCCUAGUCCCUUUACGUGGGUACCGUGGGCACGAUGUGCAGUCUUUGAAGGCACUACAGUGGCUGAAAUACCUGGAGCGUCGUGACGGUGUGUGUAUCCGACAUGCGGGAAAUGGAGGCGAGGUGCGCUUAGCUGGUAGAAUUAAGGUGGAUGGUUAUGCUGCUGACACUAACACUGUGUACCAAUACCAAGGUUGUUUUUACCAUGGGUGUCCUACUUGCUUCCUACCUGAUACUGUGAACCCCUUGACACAUACUACUAUGAGGGAGCUCCGCGAUCACACACGUGCUACAGAGUUACGCCUAAGAGCUUUAGGGUAUAAUUACGAGGAGGUAUGGGAGUGUCAAUUCGACGCUAGGCUGAGCAGUGAUGUACAACUGCAAGCCCUUGUGGGGGAGGUGGAGCAUUCGAUCCCCCUCAACCCCCGUGAUGCCUUUUUUGGUGGCAGGACAAAUGCCAUUCAAUUGCAUUACGAAGCAAAGGUCUGUGAGGGCGAACGGAUACAUUAUUACGACUUCACAUCCUUGUACCCUUGGGUAAACGCCACGUGCGAGUACCCCGUUGGUCACCCCGACGCGAUUGUCACCGAGAACUUUAAUGAAGACCUCCACGCAUACAAGGGGCUCAUGAAGAUCCGUGUCCUACCUCCCCGUGACCUCUUCUUUCCAGUCCUCCCUGUCAGGGUUAAUCAGAAGCUGAUGUUUCCACUGUGUCGCAGUUGUGCUGAGAUGGAGGAGCAAGGGAGCUGCAACCAUUCGGAUGAGGAGCGGGCGUUCACAGGCACGUGGUGUCACCCCGAGGUCUUCAAGGCUAUCGAGGAGGGGUACACUGUACUCCGUGUUUACGAGAUAUGGCAUUGGGAGAAGUGGGAGCGCUUGUUCAAGGGGUAUAUCGAUACCUUUUUGAAAUUCAAGCAGGAGGCUUCGGGGUGGCCAGCGUGGUGUGACACUGACUCGGAUAAGCAGCGUUACAUUGACGAGUACGAGCAACACCAAGGUGUUCGAUUGGACAAAGAGAAGAUCGCAAAGAACCCAGGCCUCCGCAGUGUGGCAAAGAUGGGGUUAAAUUGUAUGUGGGGGAAGUUUGGGGAGCAGCCAAACCCAAGGCGGACCAAAUACAUUAGCGAGCCUAUUGAGUAUUUUGAUUUACUGACGAACGAUAGCGUUGAGGUGAACGAUGUGUUCAUUGUGAGUGAUGACCUUAUCCAAGUUCACUAUAAACUGGGUGAGAGAUUUCAAGAGUUGAAGCCACAUACUAAUGUUAUCAUAGCGGCCUUCACCACAGCGUUUGCACGGCUGGCAUUGUUUGGGGUAAUGAGACGCCUAGGCCCUCGAUGCCUGUAUCAUGAUACGGAUAGUGUCAUCUUCCUACACCGCCCUGGGGAGUGGAAGCCACCCCUUGGUGACUACCUAGGGGAUUUGACUAGUGAGUUAGACGAGGGGGAUUUCAUCGACUGUUACUCCUCGACUGGUCCAAAGAGUUAUGCGUAUACCACUUACAGUGGGAAAUCUGUAUGUAAGGUGAAAGGACUGCACUUGAAUGUCCGUACGGCUGGUAUUGUUAACCAGAAGACUAUGAUAGAGCUCUUGACUGGUGAGGGGGACGAAGAACGUCAUGUGGUUCUCCCUUACACUAUUGUCCGUAAUACGAUAGGUAGGACCUUGCACACUGUGCCAGCGCAUAAAACUUUUAAAAUGGUGUAUAACAAACGGGUGCGUAGGGGGAUGCUCACCUACCCUUAUGGGUAUUACUCACUGUAAGUCUAUCAAAUAACUAUGGUAAUGACAAUAAAAAAGAGGGUUCCUCACCUGUGGUGGUCAGCGUCUUAUUCUCAGCAUAAAUAAGAGGGUGGGUGUGGCUAGGGUAUCACUUGCGGUAUGGGUUGCUUUGGUGCGGAUCCUCUCCACCCCCGUUUUGAUUGCCGUACAGCGUUAGAACGCAUGCGCUGUCUCUUCGCAUGUUGUGGGGGUAACAUCACCAUUCGGGACUCGCAACUCGAUGGCAAAGCCCCCGACAAAAACGAAAGUGGAAAAAGGGUAUGGUACGAA